AUGUCUGCUGUUAAUGUGCUUCUCUCAGAGGACAGCCUGUUGUGUGGGAUAUGUUUGGAAAUGUUCAAGGAUCCUGUAACAAUCCCAUGUGGUCACAGUUUCUGUCUGAAAUGUAUUCAGAGUUACUGGGAUCAAGAUAUGAAUGGUGGAGGCCACUGCUGUCCUCAAUGUCAAGAGGGAUUCACUCCCAGACCUCAGCUUUUCAGAAGCCAUGUCCUAUGUAGAGUGGUUGAGGACUUUGCUUCAUCCAAGGGGAGUUUUUCUGAAGACCCUGUUGCUGGCCCAGAUGACGUAGUCUGCGAUUUCUGCACCCACACCAAGCUACAGGCAGAACAGUCCUGUCUGGUGUGCCUGGCCUCUUUUUGCAGAUUCCACCUGAAGCCUCACCAGGAGAAUGAAGUUUUCCAACACCACAUCCUGACCCAUCCUGUCAAGAAGCUCAGCCAGAGACGGUGCCCAAUCCACGGAAAAGCUCUUGACUUGUUCUGCAGAACAAAUCAGACCUUUAUCUGCUCGGUUUGUACAACUAAGGAACACAAGAACCAUGAAACAGUCACAGUAGAAGAGGAAGGAGCUGACAGAAAGGAAAAGCUUUUCCAAAAAGGACAUGAAGCAGAAGCAAAGAUAAAGAAAACUCUAAUCGAGAUCAGACUUCUGCAGCAAAAUGUAGACUCAAUCAUGAGCUCUUCACUGAAAGUGGGAUGUGAAAUUAGAGGCACAUUCUCUGCAAUGACUGAAGCCAUUGAGGAAGCCACUGAACAAGUGACUGGAUUGGUCGAGAACACAGUGCAAGCAGCACUGAGCCAGGCUGACAGUAUCCGGAGUCAACUGGAACAGAAAUGUGAGGAACUGAGAGAGGAGGAGCAGCAGCUAAAAACCUUGUCAAAGAGCAGUGAUCAUGUGAUGUUGGUGCAGGAAUCUUUAUCUUUGAACUCAUCAUCGCAGACGUGGGAUAUCCCAGUAUUCAACUCCAAUGUUGAAGCCAAGCUCACCUAUGCCAGUAAAGUAGUAACUGACCUCUCAGCCCUGGUUACGGGAUAUCUGAGGGCGGCUGUCAGGCAACUGAAAAGCAACAAAAUAAGGGAUGCUGUGAAUCUGACUUUUGAUCCCAACACAGUGAAUAAUUAUCUCCGUUUAUCAGCUGGAAAUCAGACGGUGACAGAAUGUUAUCCAGAGUCACAGGCCUACCCCAAUCACCCUGAACGCUUUGACAGCUUGUGGCAGGUGUUGUGCAAUGAGAGUCUGGCCUGUGGUAAAUAUUACUGGGAGGUGCAGGGUCAGACUUACACACACAACUUUCUGGCCAAAGUGGGGGUCGUGUAUGGGAGGAUGAAGAGAAAAGGGGCAGAGCGGUCCUGUUGUAUUGGUGAAAAUGCUAUGUCCUGGUGCUUGAAUGUUUACCCAGAUGGAGGAACCUGGCUCCGCUUUUCCACUAGACACAGAAAUAAAGGUAUUAUCCUUCCAGCAACGAGGUGCGAGCGGAUUGGGGUUUACCUGGAUACUGAAGCAGGCACCCUCUCGUUCUAUGCGUUCAGUGACAGAAUAAUCCUUCUGUAUAGAUUCCAAGCUGUGUUCACUGAACCCCUGUAUCCAGCCUUUGGCCUUUACUCCAAUUCCUCCAUCACUAUUCAGCAGUUUGAUCACUAGAUAUUGCUUCCAGCAUCCCUGUUCCGACCUUGCACCUUAUUACCAAGCACCGUCUAAAACUCCUUUCAAAAUGUUUCCUCAGAGAUUAGUCUGAGCAAUUCCUAUGAGGUGGAACCAAGACUGUCAGCAGGGUGAAUCCUUCAUAGAAAAGACAGUUACAGAAAUA